AUGGAAGAGCCGCAUCGGACAUCGAAGACGGGUCGUCCUCGAAAACAUGGUUACGGUAUGAAAAAUUACACAAAAGAACAGAAAAUCGUGGCGGCCGUUUGGUAUCACGAAAGGCACUACACCGGCAUGACCUACGAACAGCUAAAGGUCAAUUUUUACGUGCGAUUUAGAUUGGCCCUUCCGGAAAACAAAACUUUGAGACAGUGGGAAUUGCAGCUGUUUAGAAGCGGAGGCCUAUCAGGCAAAAGGCGCCGAAUGAAUAUAGGUAGAUUAAUGCACAUUCCGUACGUGAGAGAAUCGUUCAUAAGGUUCCCCAAUGCGAGCAUGAAUCAGCGGAGUGAAAUACUCGGAAUAGCAACCGGCACGUUGAGUUCGAUUCUUUUAAAAGACAUGACUCCGGAGGAAAUCGAAGCAUUACAAGAGAAAGGUCGACAAAUGGCUAAUAAUGAAAAUGUAUCGGUGGGGCCCAAAGUGAACAAUAUGGAAGAUAAAAAAACGAAAAUUGACACGAAAAAAGACUAA